UAACCCAAGUUUAAUAAUGUGUUGUCAUCAUAAGGAAGAAAUGACCUCUCCUUCUAAUAGUAAAGUAGAGGUAUCAAAAUGGGAGGACUAUGGAAGGAACCUUAUAGAUGAAUCACAAAGCUGCAGAUGUUUCCUUGUUCCCCUUUCUUUAUUCAAAGAUCAAGGAUAAUGGCAUUCAUUAAGAUCAUUACAAGAAAAAAAAAUCAAGUAAGUGCUUCUUGUUUUCUACAUGCUAACUCUGCCGCCAAGCCUUGAUGUGGCACAGGAUGCAGCAAAACUACCAACCAAGCAGUGCCAGUAGGUUUGAACCUGAGUGGAAAGGCGGCCUUAAAAUGAGAGGGCUACAGCUCCAUGAGGGCUGAGAAGAGCCCUCCAGAGAAAACACUCUUUUCCUACAGAAGAGGGAGGGCUACGCCAUGCCUUCACCCACAGCGUGCCACACCGCUGAAGGCUGUGCGCCUCGGCUGCGCCCGCUCCGCGCACACCCCCCUCCUCCAUUUGGGCGUACUCACUGCGAUUUUGCACCUCAGUUCUUUCGUUUAACGCCUGGGUGGCAGCCGCGCGGAGGGGCGGGUUCCCGGGGUUCCCGCCCAGGGCCGCCCGCUGAGGGGAGGGCGGUGAUGCGGCCUCGGUGCUCAGCGUCCGUAUGUAUGUGUGUGUGUGUGUUUUUCCGCAGAACCCGAGCGUUCUUCUCACAGGUUUCAAUGCAGUGUGAAGAAAGGAUCUUCUGGUGCGUGCCCGUCCUUGCCGUGAACAAACCGGUGUGUCUUUAACCUGGGGACGCGAAAAACGUUGGGGACAGAAAGAGGUUUGAUCUGGCCAGCUUUCCUUGGCAGGCAGCCUUCCUUCUGCUGGAAGAAAGCUGUAGCAAAUGAUACUCCCAUCUGCUCCUGUGUGGUCCACAGUGCUUACCUGGGUGUGGGAAGUACGUCUUUACACUGCUGCUUGCUUCAGGGUAACGCUUUAAUAAGGGAACACCACUGCCUUUUGGUACCUGAUGAAAAUCUUCUUUGUCUUUUUGCUGCCAAGUGCGGGAUGUUGGCCUGAUGAAGUACUGACAUGACAACUGUUUACACGGUGAAGUGAACAAACUCCUUCCUCUCUGCUGUCUCUUCAGAUUUCAGUGAAUGCAGUUGGUAUCGCUGUGUUGCCUAGCCUGCAUGUGGCUUGGGUGAGCCCAGUGACUUACUUUUUCCAGCUCUGAAUGUCAGUGCUUUGACCUAGGACUGCAUGUUAUAAACUAGGUUGCAAGUAGCCCUCUGGCUCUGGUUGGAGCUAAGGAAACAAGCAAUAUGCUGAAGGUACAGAGGGACUCACCCAGUGUGCUGUGGCCCUGAAGUGCACACAAGGUCUGACCUCCUGUCCUCCGCACAGGCUGGCAUUCACAGGUGCUGGAACAGCAAGGCAGCUCUGAACAGCCACCAGUAUCUACCAGUAUGGAAGAAUUAGGAGAUAGGGGAAUUAAGGAUGCUUACCAGAACGCCAAGUGUUGUUGCCCAAGUGUUCCUUCUUCUAAGCGUAAUUCUUAUCAUUGCUAUUGCAGUGAUUCAGAUAAAUCAGCAGAAGAUCCUCUCCCCAGGCCUUAAGUAUGGAAUAGUCCUCGAUGCUGGAUCUUCACGAACUACAGCCUAUGUCUAUGAAUGGCCAGCAGAAAAAGAAAAUGAUACAGGAGUAGUGAGCCAAACCUUCAAGUGUGAUGUGAAAGGCCCUGGUAUAUCCAGUUAUGAGCAUAACCCAGGAGCCCUUGCGAAACCCCUUGAUGAGUGCCUGAAUAAGGUCAAGGAGAGAAUCCCAGUUCAUCUACAUAAGAGCACUUCGAUUUAUCUGGGGGCUACAGCUGGCAUGAGACUGCUGAGGUUGCAAAAUGAAACGGCAGCCAAUGAAGUCCUUGCAAGCAUUCAAAACUACUUCAGAGCACAACCUUUUCAAUUUAGGGGUGCGCGUAUCAUAACUGGGCCAGAGGAAGGGGUGUAUGGAUGGAUAACAGCCAACUAUUUAAUGGGCAAUUUCUUAGAGAGAAACCUUUGGAGGACGUGGGUCCAUCCAUACAGGAAAGAGACCAUGGGUGCACUGGAUCUCGGAGGAGCUUCCACUCAAAUUUCUUUUAUCCCAGAGGACUCUCAGGAGAACUUCAAUAACACCCUGCAAGUGAAGUUGUAUGGUUACGACUACAAUGUCUACACUCACAGUUUCCAGUGUUACGGGAGAGAUGAAGCUGAGAAAAGGCUUUUAGCAUUGUUGCUCCAGAAAUCAAGCACCAAUUCCAGUGUGGAUAAUCCAUGUUACCCUCGGAAUUACGAGACUGCAUUAACAAUGAAGUACUUCUGUGGCAGCCUUUGUACACAGUCUCUGAGACCAGCAAACUGUUACCCAAACCAAUCUGUAAUCUUCCAUGGAACAGGAGACCCGGGUCUGUGUCAGAAGAUGGUUUCAUUAUUGUUUAACUUCACUUCUUGCAGAAGCCAAGAGGACUGUCCAUUUAAUGGAAUCCAUCAACCAAAAGUUAAAGGGAAUUUUGUGGCUUUCUCAGGAUUCUACUACACAAUUAAUGCUUUGAAUUUAUCUGGGCGUUUUUCUCUAGCUGACUUCAAUUCAAGUAUGUGGUUUUUCUGUUCACAAAGCUGGACCCAGCUCCAGUUUAUGCUACCUAAAUCUGAAGAAACAUACGCUAGAUCCUACUGUUUUUCAGCCCAUUUUAUUUAUUACUUGCUUGUACAUGGCUACAACUUUGAUGCAGGAAAUUGGCCACAGAUACACUUUCAAAAGCAGGUGGGAGCAGCCAAACCCGGCAAUAUUUUUCUGUAUUUAGCCAAGACCAUAAAAAUACUGGGCAAAAUGGAAACCCAAAAGGCUUAUUUGGUGCAUAUAAUUUGCAUGAGGGCGAUUGUGAAAGUCCAAAAGAAAGACUACAUCCUCUUAACCAGAUCUGCCCCUAACUAUUCAGAUCCAAUUCAGACUAUUCAGAUCUAGUGUAACAAAGCUAUCCCGGAGAUAACAGCACAGUUGCGUCUAAGAGUAUAUACUGAGAAGUGUGGAGGUUUUUCUCUGGCCCAUGCUAUAAAAGUAUAUUUGCUUUUAGUUAGCAAAAGCUUAAGAACCUUAACACAAUGCUAAGAUCUGUGCCAGAUGUAGAACUGUAUGAUUUGCAAAAGUUCUGAACCCCAUAAUGAGAGGUUUUCCCUCUUAUCAAUGAAAAAUCACCUUAGUCCACCUUACUGCUUUGCUCAGUCUGUUGGAUUUUAGUUCUUGUUGCUGUAGCUUUUUCCAUAUUAUUUAAACAAAAGGUAUUAGGAUAUACAGAACUACAGAAAUGAGCAAAUAUUAUAGGUUCUUGUAGUCUCCUACAACCAGUAGGACUGCUUAAAUUUGUUCAUUAGCAUUAAAUUUACCCUGUCCUCCUCUUUGUUCAUGUCUGUUGGACUGUGAGUUUUUUAUUUGCUUGAAUUAAAUUUAACAUCCUAGGAUUUGGCUAAAACAGGGGAGGAAUUCUAAGAAUUUGCACUAGUGCUGAUUCUUUAAAAAUGUUUCAUGCACACAAAAUCCUGUAACAACAGGCUGUCUGCUUGUAUGUCACCCAUCUUUGUGAUCAAUUUAUUAGCAACCUCUUGAACUGAGAAAAAAAAAAAAAGGCAAUUUUCCUUGAUAACUUCAAAGACAGUUG